AUGGCUCUUCCAGCCCGCUGUGCGCGGUUGAGCUCUUCGCUCCUGCGCCAGCGAUGCCUCGCGGAGACGCGACCGGCGACAUUGGCCCUGCGUUCGUAUUCUACCCAGACUGCUGCCCGCUCGACGGCGUCUGGUCUGCGAUUACAGCAGAAGCUCCCUUCGCCUUACCGACCGCAGCAGCUGCGCGCUUUCUCCAGCUCUCUCCGCCGUCUGGCAUCGGAGGCUGAGAACCCCCCUUCGUCCAAGGCCUACUUUGCCAGCGGUGUGGUCAAGGAUUCUGACAAUAUCGUCGAUGUGAAGAAGGUUCUGGUGAUUGGAAGUGGCGGUCUGGCCAUUGGACAGGCUGGAGAAUUCGAUUACUCUGGUUCCCAGGCGCUCAAGGCUCUGAAGGAGGCCGGUGUGAAGUCCGUUCUGGUCAACCCGAACAUUGCUACGAUUCAGACAGACCACAAGCUCGCGGAUGAGGUCUACUAUCUGCCCGUUACGCCCGAAUAUGUCACCUACGUGAUCGAGAGAGAACGUCCGGACGGUAUCUUCUUGUCCUUCGGUGGUCAGACCGCUCUGAACUUGGGUGUGCACAUGAACCGCAUGGGUAUCUUCGACCGAUAUGGCGUCAAGGUUCUGGGAACCAGCGUCAAGACCCUCGAGACCAGUGAGGACCGUGACCUCUUCGCCAAGGCUUUGAAUGAGAUUGACAUCCCCAUCGCUGAGUCCAUUGCCGUUAACACUGUCGAAGAGGCGCUGAAGGCCGCCGAAAACAUUGGAUACCCCAUCAUUGUCCGUUCCGCCUAUGCCCUUGGUGGCCUGGGUUCUGGCUUUGCGAACAACCCGGAGGAAUUGAGGAACCUGUCUUCCCGCUCUCUCUCUCUUGCCCCCCAGAUUCUCGUGGAGAAGUCUCUCAAGGGCUGGAAGGAGGUUGAGUAUGAAGUCGUCCGUGAUGCUGCCAACAACUGUAUUACCGUCUGCAACAUGGAGAACUUCGACCCUCUUGGUAUCCACACUGGUGACUCUAUUGUCGUUGCGCCCAGUCAGACUUUGUCUGAUGAGGAGUACCACAUGCUUCGUACUGCCUCUAUCAAGAUUGUCCGUCACCUCGGUGUCGUUGGAGAGUGCAACGUCCAGUAUGCGCUGCAGCCCGAUGGCCUGGACUACCGUGUCAUUGAGGUCAACGCUCGUCUGUCUCGUUCAUCUGCCCUGGCCUCCAAGGCUACCGGUUACCCGCUGGCUUACACCGCUGCCAAGAUCGGUCUCGGACACACCCUGCCUGAGCUUCCCAACGCUGUGACCAAGACCACCACGGCCAACUUUGAGCCCAGUUUGGACUACAUUGUGACCAAGAUCCCCAGAUGGGAUCUGAGCAAGUUCCAGCACGUCAACCGCGACAUUGGAAGUGCCAUGAAGUCCGUUGGAGAGGUCAUGGCUAUUGGUCGUACCUUCGAGGAGUCCUUCCAGAAGGCUAUCCGUCAGGUUGACCCUCGAUUCAUCGGUUUCCAGGGUGACAAGUUCGAGAACCUCGAUGAGGUUCUCGCAAACCCCACCGACCGCCGCUGGUUGGCUGUCGGACAGGCUAUGCUCCACGAGGGCUACUCCGUUGACCGCGUUCACGAGCUCAGCAAGAUCGACAAGUGGUUCCUGUACAAGCUCCAGAACAUUGUCGACUGCCAGAAUGAGCUCAAGGAGAUCGGUAGCCUUUUCGGCAUCAAGGAGGAUAUGAUGCUCAAGGCCAAGAAGCUCGGUUUCUCUGACAAGCAGAUUGCUCUUUGCGUUGGCGCUACCGAGGACGAUGUUCGUGCUCGCAGAAAGAGCUUCGGUAUCAGACCAUGGGUUAAGAAGAUCGAUACUCUGGCCGCCGAGUUCCCUGCUGACACCAACUACCUCUACACCACCUACAACGCCACGUCUCACGAUGUGACCUUCGAUGACCACGGAACGAUCAUUCUGGGAAGCGGUGUCUACCGUAUCGGUAGCUCCGUCGAGUUCGACUGGUGUGCUGUCAACGCUACCCUUUCCCUGCGCAACAUGGGCAAGAAGACUGUCAUGAUCAACUACAACCCGGAGACCUACUCGACCGACUUCGAUACCGCUGACAAGCUCUACUUCGAGGAACUGAGCUACGAGCGUGUUAUGGAUAUCUAUGAGUUGGAGUCUGCUACUGGAGUUGUCGUCUCUGUCGGUGGUCAGCUGCCGCAGAACAUUGCUCUCCGUCUGCAGGAGUCUGGUGGCGCUAAGGUCCUUGGUACGGAUCCUAAGGACAUUGACAAGGCCGAGGACCGUCACAAGUUCUCCCAGAUUCUGGACAGCAUUGGUGUCGACCAGCCUGCUUGGAAGGAACUCACCUCCGUCGCCGAGGCAGAGAAAUUCGCCGAGGCUGUUGGAUACCCCGUCCUGGUUCGUCCCAGUUACGUCCUGUCCGGUGCUGCUAUGAGCGUCAUCUACAGCGCUGGUGAGCUCAAGGAGAAGCUCCUCAACGCCAGUGCCGUGUCUCCCGAUCACCCCGUCGUUAUCACCAAGUUCAUCGAGGGUGCUCAGGAAAUUGAUGUCGACGCUGUCGGAUCCAACGGCAACCUCAUCCUGCACGCUGUCAGCGAGCACGUUGAGCCUGCUGGUGUUCACUCCGGUGAUGCUACUCUGGUCCUUCCUCCGGCCAACCUGGAUGAGAAGACCAUGGCUCGUGUCAAGGAGAUUGCUGAGAAGGUGGCCAAGGCUUGGAACAUCACCGGUCCCUUCAACAUGCAGAUCAUCAAGGCCGACAACGCUGAGGGUGGCGAGCCCGACCUCAAGGUCAUUGAAUGCAACCUCCGUGCCUCUCGUUCCUUCCCCUUCGUCAGCAAGGUCUUGGGUACCAACUUCGUCGAUGUUGCGACCAAGGCCCUUGUUGGACGUGACGUUCCCGAGCCCGUUGAUCUUAUGUCCACCAAGCGUGACUACCUGGCCACCAAGGUGCCGCAGUUCUCUUGGACCCGUCUGGCCGGUGCUGACCCCUUCUUGGGAGUCGAGAUGUCCAGUACUGGAGAGAUUGCCUGUUUCGGAAAGGACUUGGUUGAGGCCUACUGGGCUUCGCUCCAGGCCACCAUGAACUUCCGUGUCCCGGAGCCUGGUGAGGGUCUUCUCUUCGGUGGUGACCUCCGUGACUACCUGACCCAGAUCGUUGAUUUCGUGCAGCCUCUGGGCUACAAGCUGUAUGCCGCUAGCCCCGAGGUCAAGGCUCAUCUCGAGUCUGCUUCCAAGGGCAACGUGACUGUGGACGUUAUUGAGUUCCCCAAGCAGGACAAGAGGGCGCUCCGUGAGGUGUUCCAGAAGUAUGACAUCCGCGGUGUCUUCAACCUUGCUAAGCAGAGGGGUAAGACUCUUCUCGACGAGGACUAUGUUAUGCGCCGAAAUGCUGUUGACUUUGGUGUCCCUCUCUUCAUGGAGCCAAAGACUGCUCUUCUCUUCGCUCAGUGCAUGAACGAGAAGCUGCCCCGCAAGGAAGGUAUCCCCUCCGAGGUCCGCACCUGGUCUGACUUCGUUGGUGGUAAGCUUCUGUGA